AUUAAAAUAAAGUAUCACAGCCUUGUCUAGUCCGCAUGCACUUAGCGCUCUACGGUCACCAUGUCUCGAAGGUCAUCCAGAAACACGUCUGUGGUUUCCUCCGAGUCGAGGCGUGUAUGUAUUCCCCAAUCCGAAGGGCUGAUCUUGCCUUGUGACCCAGUCGAUGAACACACUCUACUGCACCCACGUCAACAGUCGGAACGCACGCUAGUGGACCAGGACGAGUCGUUCCAGUUUGACCGAGAAGACGAAGAACAUGAUGAAGAAGUUACAGCAUGGAAGGUACUGCCGUGGUGGAAAAGACCGUCGCCAUACUGGUUGAUAUUUUCCACGCCUCUGGCAUCGUUAGGUUUCUCUGCGCUCAUCGGUCCUCGGGUGGAGAUGUACACUGUUCUCGCAUGUCGUGUACAUGGCCCAGCGCCUGGGCUUGAGUUACAGUAUGAACCAAACGACACGCUACAUCUAGCUCAGCCGCAUUCAGUGUUAUCCGCGUACACUGCGAAUAUUCUACAUGACGGAUUGAAUCUAGAUGAUCCCGGCGCUUCGUUUGUGUCUGCUCAAUCUGUGUCUGUAUACAUUCCUUCAGAUACUGGCCUCAAGCAGUCACACGGUCUAGAUCGCGACCAAUGCGCGUCCGACCCAGUUGUGCAAGCUGCCGUUGCACAAUUGUCCGCAGUUCUAAACACUACUAUGGGUAUUUUGAGCUGCCUUACUACCGUUUGGUGGGGUUCGCUCGCAGACCGUUUUGGCCGAACAUUAGUCAUGGGCAUCUCGAUCCUCGGUUUGCUUUCGAGUGAUUUAAUCUUCAUUGUUACUGCAUUCUUUGUGGAACGGCUCCCAGGCGGAUACUGGUUCUUGAUACUCGGUUUUGCAUUGGACGGUAUGGCUGGCGGGAUGACUACUGGGGUUGCUGCUUCCCAUGCCUAUCUCGCUGACAGUACUCAUCGUUCUGAGCGAUCUCGUAUGUUCUCUCUAGCAUUGGGUGCCAUCUUUUUUGGUGUAGCCCUCGGUCCUGUCAUUGGAGGCAUCUUAAUUUGGGCGACAGGCUCGACACUUUCCGCGUUCUAUUUAUCUGCGUCUGUCCACGCGCUGUACGCUGCUUUCAUGUUUUUGAUCGUCCCCGAAUCCCAGACAAAAGCGAGAGCAUUUGGUGCUCAGAAAAGACGACAGGCAUCACUUGAAAGACGAAAUGGUGAGGCCCUAGGAGUUGCAUCCGUCUUAAAAAGCGCCAUGAGGUUCUUCAGCCCUCUAGCAAUUCUUAUGCCUGAGCAUACCAAUGUUGACGGAAACCCACUCAAACACUCCAAGAGAGAUUGGAGUUUAUGCCUCGUCGUUGCUAGCUAUGGUUUCACGAUGUUCCCAUUGGGUAUGUUGACAUAUGUCUUACAGUAUGCAGCAGGGAAUUUCAAGUGGUCAUCAGAAACGAUUAGCUACUACGUCGCCUUCACUGGAGCUGGCCGUGUGCUAUUCUUGGCUGUCAUCUUACCUUUUAUCAUCAAGCUUCUGAAGCCGGCGCCCGUGCAGCUCCCCACUGCCCCGGAUGAGCCACUUCAGAACUCGUCUUCACAGACCCUUCCAAGUAGGCGGAAUAAUACAGGACCACCCUCUCAUUCUGCGAAAUUUGAUCUCAAUCUCGCUCGAAUUUCUAUCGUGCUCGACAUUCUUUCGUUCGCGACAAUGGUUUUUGCUUCUAGUGGUCUCGUCUUCGUUUCUGGAACCAUCCUGCAGUCACUGGGUGUCGGGUACUCGCCUGCUGUCCAAGCAUUCGCACUCGACGUCUACAGCAGAAGAGGUGGAAAGGCCGAAGCUGGAAGGCUUUUUGGCGCCAUGAGUGUUGUACAAGCUCUAAGUUCUCAAAUCCUGGGUCCCGCAUUAUUUGGCCUUUUGUACUAUAAGACCGUUGCGACCUUCCCUGGUGCAAUUUUUGUUUUGAGUAUGGUGCUGUUGAUAAUUUCUCUCGUCCUGCUCGUACUAGUGCACCCACCUACGAUCAAGGAUGAUGCUGAAAGUACGGUAUUGAACGACGAGACUCGAAUUCCAGUGAUUCGUAUUGAGAUAACCCGGGAGGAUGGUCUUGUUGACAGUGAUGAGGACGAAGAGACGAGAGGACGUGACGCUCCAAGUCAACAUAGAUAAUUAUACAGUACAAGAACACCCCUUCGGUUGACUCCUCGACCAUAUAUUGUAUUUACAGUAAUGACCCGAGAAAUCCGAUAUUAGCACGAUC